AUGUCUGUCGUGGGUUUUGAUUUGGGCAAUCUUCAAUCGGUCAUCUCGGUGGCUCGUAACCGUGGUAUUGACGUUAUCGCCAAUGAAGUUUCCAACCGUGCCACUCCUUCGCUCGUGUCGUUUGGUAUGAAGCAACGUUUCCUUGGUGAAGCUGCAAAGACCCAAGAAGUUAGCAACUUUAAGAACACCGUUGGCAACUUGAAGCGUCUUGUUGGUCGCACUGUGUCUGAUCCCGAGAUCCAAGAAGUCGAACAAAAGAACACCCCUAUCAAGUUUGUUGAUGUGGAUGGUCAAGUUGGUGUUCAGGUCAACUACCUUGGUGAACAAGCUACCUUUUCCAAUGUUCAAUUGAUUGCCAUGUACUUGAGCAAGCUCAAGGAGACCACUGCUGCUGAACUCAGCAUCCCUGUUUCUGAUUGCGUUAUCACUGUGCCUGGUUGGUUCACCGAUGUCCAACGUCGUGCUAUUUUGGCUGCUUCCGAGAUUGCUGGUCUCAACUGCUUGCGUCUUGUCAAUGAUCUUACUUCGGUCGCUUUGGGCUAUGGUAUUACCAAGCUUGAUUUGCCUGAGGAAAAGCCACGCAAUGUUGCCUUUGUGGAUAUUGGUCACUCCGAUUACUCUGUUCAAAUCGUCUCCUUCAUCAAGGGCCAAUUGACCGUUCGCAGCGCUGCUUAUGAUACUGGUUUCGGUGGUCGUGACUUUGAUCGUGUCAUUAUGGAACACUUGGCUGCUGAAUUCAAGGAAAAGUUCAAGAUUGAUGUCUACACCAACCAAAAGGCUAUGUUGCGUUUGCGUGUUGCUGCUGAAAAGUGCAAGCGUGUGCUCUCUGCCAACCCUCAAGCUCCUGUCAACAUUGAAUCCAUCAUGGAUGAUCGUGAUGUUAGCACCAUUGUCAACCGUACCGACUUUGAAGAAUGGGCUCAACACUUGUUUGGCCGCACUGCCGAUACCAUCCACAAGGCUUUGGAGGGUGCUGGUAUGACCGCCGAUGAUAUCGAUGCUAUUGAAAUUGUUGGUGGUACCACUCGUAUCCCUGCUAUCAAGACCACCAUCUCUCAAGUCCUUGGCAAGGAAAUCUCCACCACCCUUAACCAAGACGAAGCUGGUUCUCGUGGUGCUGCUUUGCAAUGUGCCAUGUUGUCGCCUGUUUUCAAGGUCCGUGAUUUCCGCGUCAACGAUAUUUGCAGCUACCCCAUCAAGUUGUCCUGGGCUCCUACCCCUGAGGAAGAAGAGACUGAAAUUGUCGUCUUUGAUCGCAACAACUCUAUUCCUUCCACCAAGAUCUUGACUUUCCAACGCUCCGAGCCUUUCACUUUGGAAGCUUCUUAUGUCCACCCUGAGCAAUUGCCCCGUGGUAUCAACCCCUGGAUCGGCCAAUUCACUAUCAAGAACGUUGAGCCUGUUGAUGGCAAGCCUGUUGAAAUCAAGGUCAAGGUUAGACUCAACAUUCACGGCAUCUUGUCCGUUGAAUCCGCCUACACUGUUGAAGAGAAGGAAGUCACCGAGGAAUUCACCAACAAGGAUGGUGAAAAGGAAACCAAGACUGUCAAGAAGCUUGUCAAGAAGGCUGACUUGCCCGUUGUCUCUGGUACCACCGCUCUUUCCAAGGCUGUCCUUGACAAGUACGCUGAACAAGAAAGCCAAAUGGCUUCCAAUGACAAGCUCAUCUUUGCCACCGAAGCUGCCAAGAACUCUCUUGAGGAAUAUGGUUAUGAGAUGCGUGACAAGGUUGAGGGUCCUUACUCUGCCUACAUUGAUCCUGCUAUCAAGGACAAGUUCAUUGCUGAUUUGAACGCUGUUGUUGACUGGAUCUACGAUGAAGGUGAUGAUCAACCCAAGUCCGUCUAUGUUGAAAAGUUGGAUGCUCUCAAGAAGAUUGGUACUCCCGUUGUUGAGCGUUACCGUGAAGCUGAAGAGCGUCCUCGUGCUGAACGUGCUUUGCGUGCAACUCUUGAACGUUUGCAACAAGAAGCCAUGAGCUCUGAUGAAAAGUACUCUCACAUCCCUGCUGCUGAAAAGCAAGAUAUUGUGGAUCGCAUUGAUCGUGCUCGUCGCUGGCUCGAUGAUCAACUCGCCAAGCAAGAAAAGGUUGCCAAGCAUGAGACCCCUGUUGUCUUGUCCCGUGACAUGGCUCAAGAAGAGAAUGCUGUGGUUGCUUUUGCUACUCCCAUCCUUAACAAGCCCAAGCCUGCUCCCAAGCCUGCAGAGGAUACCCCCAUGGCCGAGGGUGAGGAAAAGAAGGAAGAGGAGGGUGAGAAGCCUGUCAAGGAAACUGAGGAAAAGAAGGACGACAUGGACAUUGACUAA